GGCGGUGCCGGCGUUCCCCUGGCCCGGCGGGGAGGCCGCGGUGUCCGUGCCGGUGCCCGGUACGGGCGCGUCCUCUCCGGUGCGGCCCGGUGGGCGCUGCCGCCGCCGCCAUGUUGUGUUACACGGAGUCCCUGCUGGGCUCCCUCACGAUGCUGCUGGGGGCGGUGCUGGCGCUGAGCCGCAGCCCGGCGAUAGCCUGCCUGCUGACGGCCGGCCUCUACCUGGCGCUGCACAUCUUCAGCCUGGAGCCCGCCGCGCCUCAGACCGCACAGCGCAUCCUGCGGCCCCGCGGCACCGUCGCACGCAUCGCCCACCGCGGCGGCGCCCACGACGCGCCCGAGAACACGCUGGCGGCCAUCAGAAAGGCAGCUGAGAAUGGAGCAUCGGGUGUUGAGCUGGACCUUGGAUUUACUGCAGAUGGUGUUCCCAUUCUCAUGCAUGAUGAAACAGUAGAAAGGACAACUGAUGGGUCUGGAAGAUUGUGUGAACUGACUUUUGCUGAAAUUAGGAGGCUUAAUCCAUCUGCAAAACAUCGGCUAUGGAAUGAAUUCCAGGGUGAAAAGGUGCCAACUCUGAGAGAAGCUGUUGUGGAGUCAAUGCAUCACAAUCUUACCAUCUACUUUGAUGUCAAAGGCCGUGCAAAUCAGGCAGUUGACGCCCUGAAAAAAAUCUACCUGGAAUUCCCUCAUUUGUAUAACAGCAGCAUAGUCUGUUCUUUCAUGCCAGCUGUUGUUUAUAAGAUGAGACAAGUGGACAGAAAUGUUGUAACAGCCCUGACACACAGGCCUUGGCAACUGAGUCAUUUUGGAGAUGGGUCACCCCGUUUCAACUGCACCUGGAAACACUACUUAUAUGCUGCAAUGGAUGUCAUUCUAGAUUGGAGCCUGCACAGUUUCUUGUGGCGUUUGUGUGGGGUUUCAGCUUUCCUCAUACAGAAAAACUUUAUUUCUCAGCAGUACGUGGAACACUGGUCUUCAAAAGGAAUUCAAGUGGUUGCCUGGACAGUGAACACAUUUGCUGAAAAAAACUACUAUGAAACUGUCCUUCAGUCCAGCUACAUCACUGACAGCUUGGUGGAAGACUGCGAGCCUCAUUUGUAACCUGGUGGUCUGCAGACACUCAGCAGCCUCAAGAAGUGAGCUCACCCAGGCAGGCCUGAAUUCACCAUUGAGAGGGGAUCCAGUGGUGCACACAGGGCAAUUAACAGCAGUUCUGGGGAAGGGAGGAGCAGUGGUUUAUGUCUGCUGUAUGGUCACAUCUUGAAUGCAGAAGAUCCCUCUGCUGCAGACAUUCAGAGUCUGAGGCUGCACUGCAGUGUGAAAGGAUCAGAUCUGUCAGGCUAACUGGGCACCGUGCUACAUGUGUAGGGUGCUUUGUAACUCAGACUAUUCCUUUGCUUUGUUUAAAUUUUUGUUUUCAAGUCAAUAUCAAUUUUUGGUGGCAACAUUUAAAAUCACAGAUUGAUUUUACUAAUUUAAACAGUCUGUUCUACAAUUGUGUAAUAACUUGAGGCUGAUUGAUGGCGUCUUAAACGUCUACAUUGCUGUUCUAAAAAACAGAACCUGUAACUAAUGGUGCCAAAAUCAAGGUUGGGUGUUUUUCCCUUCUGCAUGAAAGAUGUCUCUGCUGCAUCUGGACAAGGAAAAAAGAGACAGCUUUCUGCAUUCAAUGUGAAGACCACGACCAUUAAUUAAAACUUGAGUGUCUUCUUUUCUCCCCCGUUUUUGAAGAGCCAAGGGAGGAAAGGUUAUUUCCUCUAAUGACACAGAAUGUAUUUAUUUUAAAAAGAAAGCUAUGUAUUGAAUUCUGGCAGAGCUGAAAUGGCUUUUUACUUUGUUUUUUGCAUGACUGAAGGGCACUCACAAGGAUAUGUAGGAAACUAAUCCAGAUUCCACUUGAAAUUAAGAGUCUGCAGUUACAAUAAAAAAUAUCUAAUA